CUCCUGCUUUCUUUAUCGCUCAUCUUGUCCCACCGAUGCACUGCCUUUCUGGCACCACAGUUGGCUCCAUCAGUUUCCAGUGCGGCUGCAGUGACACAUUGAAACAUCUUCUGUGAUCAGAAAAGCUGGUGUAUCUUCUCUACGCACAAGGCGCACACCACGGGAUUUCCAAGAGUUGUGCUGCAUUGCGCGCGCGCUUCCCCGAUUUGGAUUUCGACAGCACCGAUUUAGUGGAGCUGGAUUUAAAUGCGCGUCUGUCUGGACCGGCACAAGGGAGUUUAAAGGGUCGAGGGCUCCCAUCAAGCUGGAGCUACGACAAUUGUGUCUAAGAUCUCCUUUUCCUGAUGUUCGGACCUGAGAAACUCAGGAUGGGAAAUUCUGAGCAAGCCAUGUUGUUUUGCGAGGCCGCUGUCUCCCAGCUUUUAGCCUGAGGAAAGAAGGAGACAAAGGGGCGGUGAGGAACCCGAGUGUGGACCUAAACCACUACAGACUUGGCUCAACACAGCAGGAGCAUGUCUGCUUACAGAGGUUCUUCAUGGAUGUGUUCCACCAUGGCUUUCCUGCUGCUCUGGAUGGGAUUCAUGUCCAUCUGUGCAGUCACAAUCCAGGGUCAACAGUACCCUGUGGUCACCACCAACUAUGGAAAGUUGCGAGGAGUGAAAGUGACAUUACCCAAUGAGAUCCUGGGACCAGUGGAACAGUAUUUGGGGAUCCCAUAUGCAUUGGCCCCAACAGGUGAACGGCGGUUUCAGGCCCCGGAGCCCCCAAUGUCCUGGCCGGGCAUCAGGAAUGCUACUCAGUUUGCUCCCGUUUGUCCUCAGUUUUUGGAAGAUCGCUUCCUGCACAAUGAUAUGCUCCCUGUGUGGUUCACAGCCAACUUGGAUACACUGGUAACCUAUGUGCAAGAGCAGAGCGAAGACUGCCUUUAUCUGAAUGUCUAUGUACCCACUGAGGACGGAGUGAACUAUCACAGAAAAGGUGCAGAUUUCAACAGUAAUGAUGGUGGCAGUGAUCAAGAUAUUCACGACGAGAAUGGGUUAAAGCCGGUCAUGGUUUACAUUCAUGGCGGCUCCUUUAUGGAGGGAACCGGCAACAUGAUUGACGGCAGCAUCCUGGCGAGCUACGGCAACGUCAUUGUCAUCACAAUCAACUAUCGUCUCGGCGUUCUGGGGUUCCUGAGCACAGGAGACCAGGCAGCCAAGGGCAACUACGGCCUGCUUGAUCAAAUUCAGGCUCUCAGGUGGAUCAAGGAAAACAUCCAGACCUUCAAAGGAGACCCGAAACGAGUGACCAUUUUCGGCUCCGGUGCCGGGGCCUCGUGUGUCAGCCUGCUGACUCUCUCGCAUUACUCAGAAGAUAUGUUCCAGAAAGCUAUCAUACAGAGCGGCACAGCACUUUCUAGUUGGGCAGUCAACUACCAGCCCGCCAAGUACACACGAGCCCUGGCCGAGAAGGUGGGCUGCAACAUGCUGGACACCAUACACCUGGUGGAGUGCCUGCAGAACAAGAACUACAAGGAGUUGAUUGAGCAGUAUGUGACGCCGGCCAAGUACCACAUUGCCUUCGGUCCUGUGAUCGACGGCGACGUAAUACCUGACGAUCCUCAAAUCCUCAUGGAACAAGGCGAGUUUCUCAACUACGACAUUAUGUUGGGCGUCAAUCAAGGCGAGGGAUUCAAGUUCGUCGACGGGAUUGUGGACAGUGAGGAUGGUGUCUCCGCCAAUGAUUUUGACUUUGCUGUGUCUGACUUUGUGGAUCAUCUUUAUGGCUACCCCGAAGGCAAGGACACUCUACGCGAGACAAUCAAAUUCAUGUACACCGACUGGGCAGACAAGGAGAAUCCAGAGAACCGCCGCAAGACCCUGGUAGCGCUGUUCACAGACCACCAGUGGGUGGCGCCAGCUGUGGCUACAGCUGAUCUCCAUGCCCAGUAUGGCUCCCCUACCUACUUUUAUGCUUUUUACCACCACUGUCAGAGCGACAUGAAGCCCAGUUGGGCCGACUCAGCCCACGGUGACGAAGUACCCUAUGUAUUCGGGAUCCCAAUGAUUGGCCCGACGGAUAUCUUCAACUGCAAUUUCUCCAAGAAUGACGUGAUGCUGAGUGCUGUCGUCAUGACCUACUGGACAAACUUUGCCAAAACAGGUGACCCAAAUCAACCAGUUCCACAGGAUACGAAGUUCAUUCACACAAAGCCCAACAGGUUUGAGGAGGUAGCCUGGACAAAGUAUAAUCCCAAAGACCAGCUCUACCUUCACAUUGGUCUCAAACCUCGGGUCCGAGACCACUACCGUGCCACCAAGGUCGCCUUCUGGCUGGAGCUGGUGCCGCAUCUCCACAACAUCAAUGAAUUCUUCCAGUACGUGUCAACCACAACCAAAAUACCGCCGCAAGACACCACACCGUACCCUUACACCAAGCGCUUUCCUGGCAAAAACAAUUGGCCCUCUACCACUCGCCAUCCAGGGGUGCCAUCCAGCAACACCAAGCACACCACGGAUCAGCGCAAAAGCGACGACCUCAUUGACGAGUCGACCGUGUUGAUCGAGACCAAGCGGGACUACUCCACCGAGCUGAGCGUCACCAUUGCUGUGGGCGCCUCCCUGCUGUUCUUAAACAUCCUGGCCUUCGCUGCGCUAUACUACAAAAAAGACAAGCGACGUGCCGAUUCAACCCGCCACGUCCCCACCCCGCAGCGCAAUUCGACGCCGGUCAACGUGCCCUCUACUGCCAACGACGUGGCCAACAUGCAGAGCGAGGAGUUGAUGACGCUGCAGAUGAAGCAGCAGCAGCUGGAACACGAGCAACAGCGCGAGUCCAUGCAAGUCCAUGACACACUGCGCCUCACCUGCCCACCCGACUACACCCUCACGUUGCGCCGCUCACCCGACGACAUACCGCUGAUGACACCGAGCACCAUCACCAUGAUCCCAAACUCAAUGGCUGGCAUGCAGCCCCUGCACAACUUCAAUACUUUUGGAGGCAGCCAAAACAGUACCAACCUGCCCCAUGGCCACUCCACCACACGGGUAUAGCUCUGUUGGGAUCGGAUUCCCACAGAGGGGGGGAACUGAUUUGACAAAGGCAAAUGGUAGUGAUGGUCUAUGUGAAGCACAGACUCCUAAAUUUCACAGAGACAUUAUUUUGCUACGCUGCCUUCUUGACAAAGCAUACAUAGUAAAAAAUGAUAUCUUUUUAAACAAAGAAAAUAUGAAUUGUGAAUGUCAGUGUAGUAAUAUGGAGCAAAGCUUCAUGGAGUUUUAUCAACAGAAAAGCGAAGACAGUGAAUGACUGAGUUGCUGUUCAUCUUAUAAAAAAGCAAUUUAAUGCAUUGCGACAACUGAUAUACAAAGACAUCCUCUGGAAUCUCAUUUUUAUUGAUUAUAAAUGUUUCAGACUCCUUACUGGGUAACAGAAUAUUAUUGACUUCAAAAGAGAACUCUGAGACAAUAAAAAAAAGACAGUAAAAUACUUUGAGAAUUCUCCUAUUGCUGUUUUUAAUUUGAUUGUUUUGUUCUGAGCUUUCUGUUGAGGUGUAAAUACUGUAUAUAUGAACAGAGCACAUCCUGUUCCCCAUGAUUCAAUCUUUUUUUUUUCACUUGCACAGCCAAAACAAUUUCAGCCUUCAAGAGUUGUGCAUUUUGGGCCUCCAGGCCAUGAUGUAAAUAUUAUGUCGUUUUGCGGGAUCCUUUGUUGUCAAUUCAGGAUGUUUGCAAGGAUUUUUUUUUUUUUUAUUUACAGACUUCUAACAAAGAGUAAUGUGGUCUGCUGUCAGGUGGUUUUGCUUCUUUUUUUUUUUUUUUGAGGGCGGGGAUUUUUUAUUGUAUUUAUAUUGUUUAUUUCUGCUUGCACCAACAAUGUGGCCUGAAAUAUAUAAUUACAUUCAUUAAGGCAGUAUCAAUAUUAGUUGUAAAAGAAUAAAUGUUGUUACAUAGUUCAAAUUCUACUCAUAUGUUAUCAAUAUGUAAAGUAUUGUGUCUGGCUUGUGAUAUAUUUUGGGUUAAAAAGCAAGUGAAUGAAUGUCAAUAGUCUUAUUUAUUAUGAAAUGAAAGCGGAAUAACUCAAUGUUCAUUUUGUUUUGUAUCUGUUAUGCUACAAACAGGAAGACACUACAUCUGCUAAAUCUAUUUAGGGAAAAAAAAGUGAAGAUAAGGACAUUUCAAAAUUGUUGGUUUCUUAUACAGUAUUUGUUUGCUAUUUUGCCUUAAGUGAUGAUAGAGAUACUAUUUCUGGCUGGACACAUGUAUAAAGUUUUUCUGCAAUGUUUUUAAUAAAAUAAAGUAUUUUCUAUAAGGAGAGAGGGCAAAACAUCAAAGGUUCAAAUGAAUUUGAUUGGGUUUAUACUUGAAAGGAGUCACAUUUCCCCACAAAUUAAAGCAGCAAUUGAAUGCAAAAGACGAUAAACGGCAAGUCUUGCAAACGACCCGAUCAUAUUUCCGUCUGUUUGUGACGUAGAAAUGGACUAAUUAUUCAAGUACCUGGCCACUUCAUGGUUGGUCCAUGCUCACUCAUCUCAGGAAAAUACAGCUGCGUCAUGUGCAAAGCUUUGCAUCACUAGCCGAACUCAAGACGGGUGGAGAAAUAAAUGGCUCCAAUUUAUGUUUGGAACUAGGGCUGUCAAAGUUAACAAUUUAACUCCCGAUUAAUCACAAAAACAAUUAUCACAGUCAACAUGUAUUAACUCAGAUUAAUCACACAAUUUAAUUUGACCACACACCCUCCUUUACCGUAACCUUCAACCCUUAAUAUGAGUGAUUGCAUUACCAUAAUGGUGGUUGUCUCCUCAUUUAUAUCUAUGUAUUAGAUAGUUGAGGUAAUAUCACUAUAAGGUGCAUUUGAGACUUACCCAUUUCACCCCAAAUAAAGUUUUCAUUUUCGAAUGAACUUUAUAUUCAUUGUAAUAGGUAGAUGUUACAGUAUUCUGUUAUAAAUGCAUGGGUCAAGCUCCCACAGGUUAUUUUUUUAAAAAUACAUUACAGUAACUGCAAACAGCAAAAUAUGUGAGCUUGCUCACAGGGUGGACAUUUUUGGCUAAUGUUAUCAUUUAAUUACCACAUGGUGGACCUUCACUUAGCCAGUGUUGUACCUGAACGAGUUCAAUCAACAAAAGUUCAUGAACUAGUUCAUAUUUUAGGAAAACGUGACCUGAACUUAGUUUAUUUCUGCCUGAUGAACGUUAUUGAGAAUGCGCUCAUGCUGGCAUCAAAGAACGCUUUUCGAACGAAAGUUCCAUUUUCAUCCAAGAGUGCCAGGUUUUGUUAGGGACUUCCAGGACAAAACCCGUCUCAACACACUAUAUACGAGCCUUUAUAUGUUGUAUUUAGCAACCGCCAUUCAUGUUUACAUUCGGCAGGCACAUCACAGCAGCCAGUGUGUGCGAGGUGCGUUCAGUGACACUGCGUAAAUGGGAGUGAAUAUGUUAUUUGGUUGUUUUGUGAUGAAUUACAUCAUUGUAAAAAUGGAUUACAAGGAAAAUUAUUAUUUGUAUCAGAAUGAUUUAGUUAAAACACUGCUAUCACACCGUGAUAAUAUGGAAUUGAUUUUGUUUUGUCACAUAACAAUAGAUGAGAUAAAAUAUUUGUUGAAAGUCAGCCAGAGCUGCAAGGAUUGCCAAGUUAUCCAUGUCCUUUCACCAUCCUUCCUGUCUUACUGUCUUGGGUGUUUUUGUUUCAACAUUAAGGACAAAAGUCCUGUUUUUGUUUGAAUUCCUCAUUGAAAAAAAAGACUAUUCAAGCAGCAAGUUUUAUGUUUUUGAGAUUGUAAGCUGAAAGCUGCAGUUAGCACCUAUUGUGGAUUUAAUGGGUGGGAACAAUGAGGCAAUUAAAUGCCUAUAUUUGGUGGGUAGCCUGACAGCAACAUAUUGAGAGAGAAAAAGACCUAUUAACUAGUUCAUUUUUGGAACAGUAAAUUUCGUUCAGGAUUUUGAAUUACAAACUAUGAAUUGAACUCGUUCAUGUUUGGAACGGUGAACUAAACUUUUAAAUAGUUCACAUUGAAAAUUAAAGUUUCCCCAACACUGCACUUAGCAACAUGGUUUAUUCUGUAACUAGCCUUUUUUUCAGCCACCAUUGAGAAAGACUGAAUGCUGGUGAUGAUGUCAUUGAAGCUAUCACAGGGUUUCUCAAAGGGACAUAUGCAAAAUAUUCAAUAUGAUCAUGAAAAUAGAAUAUACAUGAUCAAAAUGACUUGUUUUUUCAAAUAACUUGCUGUGGACUGUAAACUAUAAACUCUUAUUUAAAAAAAAAAAUAUUAUCGUUGAACCACUUUUUACACCCACUGUAGUUAGCAAAGCAGUGUGAGGGACAUGCCAAAAUCCUGUAC